AUGAAUGAAAACCAGUGGUUGUUUUUGUGGCGAUCGCCAACUUCCGGCUUUUGCGUAAAAGAUAUCUGUUAUUCCGGUCCAAGAGCUGUUCUUUGUUGCCGUACUAAUGGCAGGAUUUCAAAGCUGGCUGAAAUUGAUCCGCAUGUUUCGAAACAGACUGCUCAAUAUGAGUUUAACGAAGGUUCUGCGAUUGUUUGUGUGACUUGCGCUCGGGGAAAUAAUCAAAUUCUGGUUUUUGACGAUAAAGCAAAUGUUUGGUUGUUUGAUCGACGAACAUUCAGUGCCCCCACACACCUUAUUAAUUCCAAAGUUGCAUUGGGGACAGCGGAUUCCCAUGAAAUAAUUAAAAAAAAGAAAAACGAGGGAAAGAAGAAUAAAAGCUUAGACUCUGAAGACGAGCUUCUUACGGACUACAUUGAAAUUUGGGAUAUACGAAACACGAAUUCGGCUUUGCAUUCGUACAGUGAGUAUCACAGCGACAGUAUUCAGGCACUUAGUUUUAGUGCUGAAAAUCCCAAUCUUCUGAUGUCUGGAGACGCUAACGGUCUUGUUAACAUUAUCGAUGUAUCGAUCAAAGAAACUGAUGAUGCACUCCAGUCUUCAAGUCAGCUCGGGUCCUCUGUUAGUCAUGUUAAUUUCUUGUCAUCUUCUCGGGCUUAUGCAACUUCAGACGACAACAGAUUCCAGGUCUUCCGCUUGAAUAAACCUGACGACAUUGAUGUAACCUUCAAAAAAAAUACCGUUAAUGGAGAAUUCCUCGUAGACAUUCUCGAUAUAAACGAAGAUACAAUAUGCUCUCUUUCCAGUACAGCUUUUGGUCUUGCUACUGUGAAUUAUUACUCAACAGAAGGGAAAAAGGUUUGCGACCCCAGAAGCUUUGGCGGUCACGAAGACCUGAUAAGAUGUAGUCUUUUUAAUGCUGCUGACCGCCUCUUAAUUAUGGGAGAUGAAAGCGGCUGCGUAACUGGAAGAGAGUUGUUGCCGAUAACCUCGUCACCAGGAAUCGCUGUGAGCAGGAAAGCUAAGAGGAAGUGGAAACCAUAUGCGAGAUGA